CACUUGCUACCUCGCGAUACUUCGCUGGUUCCUCCCUCUUUCCUUUCUGCCACCGCCAUGCCAUCCAGACUGAGGAAGACCCGGAAACUCCGGGGCCACGUGAGCCACGGCCAUGGCCGCAUCGGUAAACACCGCAAGCAUCCAGGAGGACGCGGGAACGCUGGAGGCAUGCAUCAUCACAGGAUCAACUUCGACAAAUAUCAUCCAGGUUACUUCGGGAAAGUUGGGAUGAGGCAUUACCACUUAAAGAGGAACCAGAGCUUCUGCCCGACUGUCAAUCUGGAUAAACUGUGGACGCUGGUCAGUGAGCAGACUCGGGUCAACGCUGCCAAGAACAAGACUGGAGUUGCUCCCAUCAUCGAUGUCGUGCGAUCGGGCUACUACAAAGUUCUGGGGAAGGGAAAGCUCCCUAAGCAGCCUGUCAUUGUGAAAGCCAAAUUUUUCAGCAGAAGAGCUGAAGAGAAGAUAAAGGGUGUUGGAGGUGCCUGUGUUCUGGUGGCUUGAAGCCACUCAGGGAGGCCAAUUAAAUGCUAACACUUUCCAAGUGGUCUGAGUGUAGGUUCUUUGGUUACAUUUCUAUGUAUCCUUGUCAGUAUGCUGGGACCUGCCUAAUAGGUCCUAGGAAAAUGUGAGGUAUGGAUUUCAGUCACAGUGUGGUCAUCUCAAAGCAUGUGCCUGUGUGUGUACUCAGUGGCUUAGAUUGCAGCAGUCACAAAUUCAUUAUGUCCCUAUGUAUAUAUAGUACAUGGGUCUUGCUAUUCAAGAAACUGAUAAACACUGUU